GAGAGAGAGAGAGAGAGAGAGAGAGAGAGAGAGAGAGAGAGAGAGAGAGAUUUUAACAAAAGCAACAAAAUAAAGGUUUAAAAAUUCGGUGAUUUCAACAUAAAGUUCAGAAUCAGAGAAGAAGACAAGUUGAUUUUGAAAGCGGCAGACACAGUCCAGCAGUGAACAACAGCACAGAGGAAGAGGAGGAAGGAAAGUGUGGCAGCUUCAGUGACCAGUCCAAAGGAAAUCUGAGCAACACAACGAGGUAAAGUUCAAGAGGCUGAAGGAAAGAAGCGUGACAAAGACCAGAGGCUCCAGGAUGUCAGUGUCACGGAGUUGUUUGUGCUGUGUCAAAUAUUUGAUGUUCGUCUUUAACCUCAUCUUCUGGCUAGGAGGAUGCGGCUUGUUUGGCGUUGGAGUCUGGCUGUCCUUCACGCAGGCAGAGUUUUCCUCUCUCCCCCUGUCCUUUCCGUCCCUCUCAGCUGCUAAUCUGCUUCUGGUCGCUGGUGGCAUUACCAUGGUGACUGGCUUCCUGGGUUGUCUUGGAGCCCUUAAGGAGCAGCGCUGCCUGUUGUUCAUGUUCUUUGUGAUCCUUUUGCUGCUGGUCCUGACAGAGGUGACUCUGGUGUUGGUUAUACACAUCUUCCAUGACAAGCUGGAUUCCAAAGCACAAGGUGAAUUAAAGGAAGGUAUGAAGAUUUAUAAAUCAGAACCUGGACUGAAAAAAUCCUGGGACAGUGUCCAGAAAAUGUUCAAAUGCUGUGGAGUAACUAACAAAACAGACUGGUAUGAUGUGCUGAAUGGAACGCUGCCCUCAUCCUGCUGCUCUGGUGGGAUAGACCAGUGUGUUGACGGAUGGAGUGAGCCGUGUUAUCAGAAGGCCAGGCAGUGGCUGCUGGAUAACAUCCCCUCAGUCCUGAUGUUCGGAGUAUUUAUUGGUGUUGUGCAGAUCUUGGCCCUGGUGUUCUCCAUGCUGAUGUACUGUCAAAUUCGUUGCGCUGAGAAGCACUUGGACUGACUGCACAACCAGCUGUUCACUGGCCCGUGGUGGAAAGACUUUUCAUGAACUCCUCAGUAUACCCUAAACUGCUCUACAUUUUCAAAGCCUCCGCUCCAGACUGUGGUGCUCCAGUGCUUAGGUUGUGUUCAGACCUGAAAUGGGUGCCUUUUAUAGAACAUGAGGUAUCAGGUUACAAACGCCCCUUAAGACUUCUCAAAAACUAUGUACACAGUCGACACUGGCGGUACGGACAAAGCCAGCAGUAACAUACUGAGGAGGUUGGUUUGUAUCAGCCAUAUAAAUAUAUAUAAUAGAAUCCAACAGCCUCCAUACAAAACAAUGAAUGCAGAGUGACCUGAGGGGAAAUACUGAGAUCCAAAGUUGUCUUCAAAUUCAAGAACAAAAAGACACACAUAUCUGCCUCUCCUGUCUCUCCCCUUAGUUUAGUGUGAAAUUUGUUAUAAAUGAUGCUAUACUGUAAAUUCUGCAUUCUGUAACUCAGUAAGACUGCAAGAAAAGUGUAACUUCACUCACCAUUCAUAACUUCAUUAUUAUCCGUCCACGUUGCCAAGAAGAGAAGAGAGGGCCCUUAACUUUAUAACCUGCUGGUUCAGUUUGUGUGUUAAGUCGAGCACUAUAAUGGUGGGACAUGCUUUUGACAAGCAGGGCCAUGUAAAAAAAAUAGCACACAGAAGAAAAUAUUUUUUUAUGUGGCACUUAGUUCACUUUAAUAAUUUGCUUUGCCUUGUAUAUUAUUCCUAUACUACAGUAUAUGAGCACUUUGAACAUAUCUGGUUCAGUGACUUUACAGAUUUACAGUCCUUUAUUUCAGUUUAUUUUAUCUAAUCAUCACUGCAGUAUUUUUGAAUAUUCCUAUUGUAACUCAUGGUUAUUUCUCUGGCAGUUGUUAUUGUCCUUAUUUACAGUUUAUCCAAUUGUCUAUCUUUUUUUAGAGCAUAUACUGUAAUAUAUGUAGCUCAAUAGUAUAUAUGAUAUUUUUCUCAUUCGGCAUUAGUAUUAUAUUAUAGAGUGUAAACCAAAGAGUUUUUUCAGAGUCAAGCGACUCUCCACAUAAGGAAAAAGAUUUGUUUGCCAGUCAACGGUGGUAAUGGAUUAAUAUAAUUCAACGCUGCCACCAGUUUACCAACAUCAAAGUACUGGCCUCAGUCUACAUGAACCCAGGGGUGCAUUUAUGAACCGGAUCCUGGACUUGUGUUUACUUUAACAUUACAAGGAUACAGCCAGCAUUCCACAGCACAGGCAGUGUGGGGGAAAAAUAUAUAUGUUAUUAGGUCUAGCAGCUGUACAGACCACAACACACAGGCCUUCCCUGGACCCUGGUGAGCUCCACUAGCUUUCCGCUCACUGAACUGGGUGGUUAGGUCGGCCCCAUUCUUGUGUCGCCAACUGUGAACCAAACUCGUUGUUGGUUUUAGUUUAUUUAGGUAACAUAUCCAAACCAAACGAGAUGAGAGUUAGCAUUCAUUGUUCAUCAGCCUCAACAAACCAGUUCCUCGCAAUCAGCAGAACACCACUCUCCUCGCUUCUUCCUCUCUCUCUCUCUCUGAUUAUACAAUCUUUUUCUAUCCAACAUAACAAAAGUAGCCACAGCCUGAUAAAACGGUGAAGAAAAAAAAAAACUGUGUGUUUGCUGUGUGUGAUAUGCUGUGAUAAGUAAAACGCUCACCAUGUUCACUACAAUACAGGAAUAUAUCAUUCAAUGCAGCAGGGGUCGAUGAUUUUAAUAAUGUUUGGACAGUGGAGUUUAAUGGCACAGAGCCCACUAAUACAAUAUCCAUGAUUCUUUGUUGUUUUUAUCUCUUAAAGUGAACUGUUGCUAAUAAAAAGAAGUAAUGCUAGCCUUAUCAUUUAAGAUCAUUUCCCCAUGGUGUGCUUUAGGUGAUUCAUACAACAGUUAUGUCUGCUUCUUUGGAAGAAGUGCAGCUGAAUCUCAAACUUGGAUUUUUUUAUUAUGAUUUCAUUGGAUUAAGUCCUACACUCAUUACUGCGGGCUACUGUAGCACAAAUAUUUCUCAAAACAGACUGAAAGCUACUUAGAGGCCACUCUCUUCUGUCAUGUGGGCCUGGCAGAUCAAUGCAGGCUGUGUAAUCGAUAACAGGCCACUAUCGCCUUUCUUUCUGAACUGUCAUUGGUCUUCACUUCCAAUUUUUAACUCCCACAUACUCCUAAACCAUCCACCAAAAUUAGCUUCUGAAUACAUUUGAGGUGAGAAAUGGACGUGCAGUUGAAGAAUUAUUAUGCUUAACACAUCUCUGGUGUGGCUCACAUUCGACCCAGCUGAAUCAAUUCCCUGAAAUUGUCCCUGACUUAAAUCAUGUUAUGAAAACAGUGUGAUAUAGUCUGUGGACGUUCUUUAGAUUAUAUUUAAAUUUAUUGUCCCAGAGGAAGAUUUCUUUUCAAGGCCAGUCCAACACAGAAUCAUAUUGAUAUAUAAUAUACAUGUGUGCACUCCUCCUGAAGCGAGCGCUCCUCCAUUUCACAGACCUGUAUCUCUGACCAGACGGCAGCAAUGUGAAGGGAUGAUUGAGUGCUCGCCGUGUGAUGGCUCUUCUUGUCUGAGAGACUGGGUGUGGGAUGGUGGAUGAUGUCGGUCUCUUGCUUGUAUGUUAGUGCGCUUCUUUGAACUAAGGUAAUGCAACUAUUAAAAACGUGCAGUGCAGAGCUUAAUGUCUCAUAGCAAUGGUAUGUAAAAUGCCUUGUAAUAAAUAACUUAAUAAACA